UCCUUUUUUUUUAUUUUAUUUUACCACCAAUAAAAUUUAAAUCACACGAGUUCAUCACAAUUGCGUCUGAACCAUUCUCGCAGAGCUCAUGGGUUGUCUCUUCAAGUGCUGCUUCCGUGCUACUACCAAAGAUGACGAAUCAACUAGUGCUAAUGACUCUGUUUCUCAAGUUCAAUCCAAACAAGUAAGAGGUCAUCAUGAAUUAUCGAAGAAUCGUUUGUCAGCUUUGUUUUUAUCUGAAGCUUCUUCUUCUUCUUCUUCUUCUUCGCCUUUUCAUAACAGAGAGGGCUCUAGUUUGGUUUCUAUGCAUAUUCACAAGGAUGAGGCACAAGUUCUUAAAGCUUGCAGCAUAACACCAGUGACACCGGUUGAGAUUAAAGCACCCAAAAAACUUGAAACCCCUCAACUUGGAGAACAUUUUGGAUCUACCCCUUCCUGGGUUUCCAUUAACUAUGAUGCAAUGUUUCACUUGGAUGAGAUAAAGAAUGAGCCCUUUGAAAGAUCAUUAGAUACUUCAGAGAAAACUCCUAGCAGUUGCUUGACCGAUGCCCGUAGCAAUGCAAGGAUCUCUUCUGCAUCUAGCGACGCUAGUGAAAAAAGCAUUGGUACUGCGUUCAGGGACGAGGUGGACAUAACCAGCAAUGUGCCACUCAAAGCUGGAAAAGUUAAGAGUAAGACAAAGUCAGCGCGGUCUGAAUGUGAGUUUGAUCAAUCUUACUCUUCUAGUUCUUCCAAGAACAGCACUUCAAGGAAACCUGAGAUGGCUGCAAAAACUAAUAUCCCAGCAACAUCGCCUAAUCCGACCGCAUUGAAGCUAUCUGAUGAGAUCCAAACCCCUAGAACCAUCUUUCCUGAUAAUAUAGGAUCAGCAGUAAGGGGGAGGCAAAGAUUCCAAGACAAGACAGAAAAUGAAUCUCCCACAUCAACGAUUUGCGAGGGAAAGUUGGAAGAGAGUACAGAUGAAAAAUACCCCAUAGUCGAAACUAGUUGGGUGAAGCAGGGUAGUGACAAAAACAUGGAGGCUUUAUCCAUAACUCAUGGGGACAGACCAAUCAUUGGAAUGGUUGCAGCUCACUGGAAUGAGAAAGAACAAUCUCUAAUCUCACCCAAAUGGUGGGAUGGUAAUGGGAUACCAAACUCUACAAACAAGUACAAAGAGGACCAGAAAGUGAGUUGGCACGCAACAUCUUUUGAAGAGAGAUUGGAGAAGGCUCUUUCAGAAGAAGGUGGUCGUGGUUUCAUCCCUAGAAAACUUGGAAUAGUGGAAGAGACUGAAAGGGACACAGCCAUAAUACAUCUACGAAAUUCAGCUCAGUCCAUGUCAGUUGUUUCCUUUUGAAUACCGUGUGUGAAUCUAUGGAGAUCCUGAAAUGGAGCAACGGUGAGGUCCCAUCAAGUCCUUUAGCCAAGUAAUGUCUCGCCAUCUCGGACGUGGUUGUGUCUCUAUACUUGGGAGG